ACAGUAGUUCAAAGUGGUUGGAGUGACUUUGCAGUCGCUCCAAACCAAGGUAACACAUGCGACCCAAGGUAUUAACGUAUUCUCCCCACAUGGUGAGGUCAUAGGUCAGUUCAAAUCAUGGCUGCUGCCGACCUGAAAGUCGCGACGUUCUGUGUUGUAACCGGCGCUAGCAAAGGGUUCGGACGGGCCGUGGCCAUCAACCUAGCCGAGGCAGUCGGGGACGGUUCUCUCAUCGUGAUCACAGCGAGAGGAGAGGGCGGUCUGGACGAGACGAAGAAGAAAAUCGAGGCGGUGGCGCCGCAUGCUCAGGUGAAGGUAGUUGCAGGGGACAUUGCGGGAACGUACAGCGACGCGCUACACGCCAGGAUCUGUGACAUACCCUCACCGGGGAGUUUUAAACAUGCCAUCAUCAUCCACAAUGCGGGUUCGCUAGGUGACGUUUCCAAGCUGACGUCAGAACUCUCCGACCCCAAGGUCAUCACCGACUACUACCAGCUGAACGUCAGCAGCGUCCUGUGUCUGAACUCCACGUUCUUCUCAGCCACGGCGUCCAUCCCGAACGCGCGGCGGACCGUGGUUAACGUCACGUCAUUGUGCGCGCUGCAGCCAUUCAAGUCCUGGUCACUGUACUGUGGCGCUAAAGCUGCGAGAGACAUGAUAUUUAAGGUUCUAGCGCAAGAGCAGCCCGAUGUCAGAGUCCUGAGUUACGCACCCGGCCCGCUGCAGACUGAUAUGGCCGAGGAGGCAGCGCAGAAGACUGCAGACCCGGACGUUCGCGCGUUCUUCGUCGGCAUGUCUAAGAGCCGGAGCGGCCUGGAUCCGGACGUCUCCGCCAAGAAGAUGGUCAAACUUCUCGGGGACAACAAGUUCGAAAACGGGAGCCACGUGGACUUUUAUGACUGAACAUUUGUGUAUGAACGUUCAAUCAUAAAACGUGGCCUAAUAUAUGGAUAUUAUUUUAUACAGAGCGUAUAAAGUAGAGCGUUUCAGGUUAUGUAUUACAUGUACGUACAUUUAACGGUCUAACAGCUAAUAAUAUUUACACGUGAAACUCUAGGAGCUGUUUCAAACUCUCACAUGAGGAUACCCGCUACCUCUACAGCAUGUAGUAUUUUUAGAACUCGCGAAUUCGACAUUUUAUCUUUUGUUUCAAUUAAUAGAAAGGUUGUCUUUGAAAUAACAAAAAAGGAUAAAUCCUCGUUACAAGCACUUACGUCUGACAAUGACUAGCUAACAUUAGUUAUUUGCUAACUUUACGCAACAAAAGUAGACUGACUAGUUUAUCUCAUGGAUAGACAUUCUACAAGCUUGAAUCAAGAGUAGACUGUCAUGUGCCUUCCUCGCUUGUUUGUGACAGACA